CUGCACGCUUCACUUACAACGUUGCUAGUAGCUAAUAUGGUAGUAGUGCGAACAGAAGAGUCACAAUGGACCUAGAGGUCAAGGCAAAGGAAACGCUGCAGGAGCUUUUAAAUGUCGUCAGUGCAUGCCGACAGCAGUCUGUCAAGUCCGAGCAGGAAGCUAGCCGCCUGCGUGUCCAAUGCGAAGCUUGGCGAACAAAGGUGCUGGAGCUAGAACAGCGCAACGCACGGCUAAGGCGUAUGUUGGCUACGAGAUCCAGCAACUCUGCAAGGGAACCAUCAUUAUGCCUGAGCGUUCGCCAAAGCAAGGAGCCCAGCGCAACCGUAUGCCAGUUCGGCUCCCUGCUGGCUCUAGCGGUAGCCCUUUCAGGCCCGGGAGCUGGCAAUAAUGCAAACGCAUCGGGCGCCACGGGCACAUCCCUUGCCCAAAACAACACAAGCGACAGCUGCGCUGCCGCCACAGCAGCGGCAGCCGCCGGCGCCGUAGCCAUUGUUGCAAUGUGGCCAGGUAAUCGGGGUGCAUCCCUUGGCUCGGCCACCUCAACGGGGCAAAGGGCGCCAGAGCUCUCCGCGGCUUGGAGCUUCGGAGGCCGAGGCUCGGGAGGCGGUGGCGAUGAAAGCGCUGUUGCCCACGAUGACGGUAUCCGCGCCAGAAGCAGCAGCAGCCUCAGCAAUAUGGCGACCGGCGGCGCCAGCAGCAGCAGCAGAGCCCACGGCCGUGCUGGGUUCAAGUUGGUCGUGCGAGGCGGCAACGGAGACGCCGCGAGCCUUCGACAGCUGUCGACGUACGGCGCCAUGUUCCCUAGCACGGCGUCCGGCGGCAGCGGCGGGCCCCCUCAGGUGCACGAGAGCUACUCCAUGGGCGACCUCACCCUGGGCGGCCGCAGCAGCGACGGGCUGGGAAGGCUGCCCGGCAGGGGCUCCGCGCUUGCUAAAACGCCCCUGGGGUUCCGCACCCACUCCGCGUCAAGCGCAGGGCUGGCAGAGCAGUCCUCCAGGGCUUCAUCGCCCGCGGAGCUGAACCUGGAAGCGGAGGCACCCGCAGCAGCCGCUAGCUUCCAGGCGGAGGUCACGGGGGCAGGCCGGGCCGCUUCGCCUGUACCGUACUUGAAACAGGAAGCGCCAGGCGCGCAACACACGCAGCUGGGCGAACCGAAGCAAUGGGAUAAGCAGCAGGAGCUUGCAGGGCUCCUGCAGCCGGGCCCUCAGGAACAGCAGCACGGGGGCCUCGAGCAGGAGGCGCAUCCUGAGCAGCUGCUUCGGGAGCAGGCCCAGGUGUCCUCGUCUUCCGCAGGCACGGAGCAACGCGACGAGCAGGGGCAGGUCCCUAACCAGGCAAUUCAUCCAAUGCAGCAAUUUGUUCGGGCCGGUGAAGAUGACGGAAUCCUAACUUCUGUGUCUGAGCCAGGGCCGGGUCUGGCGGUGCCAAACGCGGAACCCCCUGACUCCAGUUACCGUGAAGCGCAGCCCUUCCGGCGGCGCUCUGAUCCCCUGGACAUUCCCAGCGCUGGAUCCCAGCAAUCACAAAGCGACUUCUCCCAGCCGCUUCCGGACACCGACAGGGAUAUCCAACUGCAGCAGGCGCAGCAGCAACAGCACCACCACCGCCAUGACCACCAUCAUCACCACCACCAUCCCGUCCGCCGCCGACAUACCCACGCUCACCACCACCAUCACCACCACACGCACGGGCACCCGGAGGCCUUGGAGCCGGCAGGCCCCGCUCAGGACUCCAGCGGCCCGCAUUCGGCUCCAAAUCGGGGCCCGCUUUCCGCAUCGCACACCGGCGCCUCCCUGCCGCCGGCCGGCCCGGUGGGUCGCACGCAGAGCGUGUGCGUCGCCCGCCUGCACCCCUCGGCGCCCGCAGCGACGGCGCCGGUGGGCCUUGCUGUGGCCCGCCGGGAUAGCCUCCCUGCGCACCUGCUGCACAAGGGCAACCUGGCGCCGCUGGGCUCCGGAGGGGCGGGCGCUGCAGGCAGCAGCGGCGGGACCGUGUCCCUGCCCCAGUACUCCGACGACAUGUCCUGGCAUGCAGGCAGCCUGCAGAAGCAGCUCUCCAAGCUGCAGGACGACCUGAACUCCAUCCAGCAGUCCAGUGCCCUCAUCCGCUCCAACCGCGCUACCUGCAAUCUGGCGCCCUGCUCGCCGCGGCCCCAGUCGCUGACGUCAUCGCCCGCCAUGGGCUCCGUCAUCCGCCGGGAGACGGUGGGGGCGUACCCGUAUGCGCAGCCGGCGUCGCCGUUCGGAGGCUCAGCUGCCGCGGCUGCUGCGGCUGCCGCAGGGGCGGCUCCGGGUGCGGAGCGAGGGGUCAUGUCGGGGAGGCUAGCCCGCAGCGGCGGCAGCGACUCUGGAAAUGUCACGGAGGGCGGUAGGUCCGCCGGUGGAGCUGUUCCUCGUCCCAUCCCGCGCACGAUGUCUGGUCCUGCUUUGGACACUGCCGCAGCGGCUGCCGAAAGCGUCGCCGCAGCAGUGCCAGCGUCCGAGGAAGAAGAGCGGCUGAAGGCCCCAGCCAUAACGGCCAGCGCAUCCCCAACGGACGUGGCCGCUGCUCCUUCUGCCACGCCCUCUCCCCCAGAGGCUGUCCCCACUCCGCCUACAGACGUGGUGGUUACGCCUCCGGACACCACCGGCCCCACCCGCAGCUCCUCCCCCUCCUGCCAGACCUGCCAAGCCGUGAGCCCCGAGCCCGCCUUUGUGGCCCUCUACUGGGUGACCCCGCCCGCUGCGGCGCUGGUGGUGGCCAAGCCCAGUCCCUCGGUGCGCCCCGCGCUGCUGCGGGUGCUGCAGUGGCUGCGGGACCGCGGGGUGGCAACCUACGUGGAGCCCUCCAUGCUGCGCGGGGAGCUGGGGCUGGAGUGCCGCAUGAGGGGGAAGGGGACACAGGCCGCAGCCUCGGAUGCGGGCGACGUGACGGCGGCCCCGGCGGAGGACGGGUGCGGCGGUGCGCUGGGGACGGUUGUAGAGUCGGACAGCAGUGAGCUGUCGGAGGACAGCGAGGCGCCGAUGCCGGGCUGCUUCACCGACGUGCCGCAGCUGCUGAGCUGGCCGCACGAGGAGGACGAGGGCGACUGUCUGGUGCCGCCGGAGGUGGCUGCAGCGGUGGACUUUGUGGUGGUGCUGGGAGGCGACGGCACCGUGCUGUGGACGUGCCACAUCUUCGGCAACCAGAGCGUGCCCCCGGUGGUGCCCUUCAACCUGGGCUCGCUGGGCUUCCUCACGCCCUUCGACCAGGGCAGCGUGGAGUCGGUGCUGGACCACGUUAUGGAGGGCGGCUUCCCCAUCAUGCUGCGCCACCGACUGCACUGCCACAUCGUGCGGUCGGGCUCCUCCUGCCCCGCGGUGUGCGGCGGCGCCCCCGCCCCCGCAUGCGACCUGCGCCACCACCACGCGGAGAGCACCGCCUCGCUCACCGAGGACGCGGCGGGCGGGCCGGCUGCUGAGCCCAGCUGCUCCCGCGAGUGGGUGGUGCUGAAUGAGGUGGUGAUUGACCGGGGCAUCUCCUCCUUCCUGACCAACCUGGAGUGCUACUGCGACGGCUCCUUCGUCACGCAUGUGCAGGGUGACGGCCUGAUCGUGGCCACCCCCACGGGCAGCACCGCCUACAACCUGGCAGCUGGGGGCUCCAUGGUGCACCCGCAGGUUCCCGGGAUUCUGUUUACCCCCAUCUGCCCGCACAGCCUGUCCUUCCGGCCGCUCAUCUUUCCCGACCAUGUGUCGCUGUGCGUCCAGGUUCCCGCCAAUAGCCGCGCCCAGAUGUGGUGCUCCUUCGACGGCAAGGACCGGCAGGCGCUGAACGCGGGGGACGCGGUGGUGAUCCGCAUGAGCGCCUGGCCGGUGCCCACGGUGUGCUCCAAGGACGCCUCGCGAGACUGGUUUAGCGGCGUGCGCGAAGGGCUGCACUGGAACAUGAGGAGGAUACAGGCGGGUGCGGGGCAGUAGGGGGCUGCAGCAGUGGAGCGAAGGAUGGGGACCUGCGCAUGCAGGCGGCAUCCGAAAGGUAGUGAGUUGGGCACGAUGCGGGCACGAGUGGGGUUUGAGGUCCAACCUGCAUUCGCGAGGAGGCAGAUGCCUGAGAGGCGUAGAAGAAGGACGGCCAUGGGUUGUCUGGGACAAUGAUUAUGGCUGGUAAGUAGUUCCGUGCAUAGGAUAGGACGUGCGGAGCCCCGUGUCGGAGGCUGCCACGGGAACCACAGUCGGCUUGGUGCUGUGGGACAAAUGAUGUUUUCUUUUACUGGUUUACUCGAGUGUCGUGGGCUGCGGUAUGGGAUCAGUGACGGUAGAGGGGUUUGAGGAGCUGGAGAAUGAAGAACAUCGUGCAUUCUCCGAACGGUUCUGACCGCACGGAGGGACGUCUAGCUAUGUAGUAGCAGGGAGUGGAGUGCGUAGCUAGCAGGGAGGACUGCAUUGAGAAGGGUUGGGAAGUCAACACCAUCCCACAUGAGUACGACCGGCUAACUGCGGAGGCCCUAAAAGCGGUAGCUGCAAUGCCCGAUGUUGGCUUGGCCCCGUGCAAUUUUGUGUUGUUAGAAUUAAUGUGAGAGACGAACGCAGGAGAAAGCAUGUCGAGUGGCAUGUUGGAGUACUUGUCGGCAGAGGUAGACGCCCUGCUCCAUUGAGCGGUUUGAAAUGUACAAGGCCCGCGGAUUGUCGUACCGCACUGCACCUCUGCUUGCUGUUGCUGCCAGCCGGAUUCGUCGCUGUCAAUGCCUUUUCCGGCUGGGGUUGCAGACAAGUACGGCGCUGGGAGGGACUCGUGUCCAGUCCUGUCGGCAAGGGCCAUAUUACCCCUAUGUUCAUCAGGACCAUUUUGGUUUUACAGUAUGUCAAGUUCUAGGCAUUGGUUUGGCUGCGUCCGAGCCCCACCAGGCCAAUGUAGUUCAGGAGCAGGAGGUCGUGUGUCCAGGAUGUCAAGUGUUGAUGGGAUAGAGACCCCUGAGCA